GACGACGACAUGGACGAGGAAGACCAGUCACGAGCCAGCUCGCCCACCUCGGAUCGCGACAAUGAGCCCGACGAAGUGAUGGAGGAUGCCGACGAGGGCGAUAGAGAAGAAGAAGGCGACGGCGAUGGCGAUGGCGACGGAGACGCUGACGGAGACGUUGACGGAGACGCUGACGCUGACGUUGACGGUGACGGCGAAGUCGAAGGUGACGGUGACGGCGAUGGUGAAGGCGACGACCAAACCGCAGAGUCCAACGCCGACAGCGACAGCAGAGUCCACGACAAGCAGCCCGAGUCGCCCAGGAGAAAGUCAGACACGCCGCAGCUCGAUCAGCUCCCGUCCCUGUACCGAACAUGGCGGCCCAAGAUCCGGUCCGAGGUCUACAGCGCGCGUCUGUACGACAUUGUUCCCACAAUGGCAGCGCCCAUGUCGACGAGCAUCAACGCCAUGGCCAUCACGCCAGAUCUGCGAUACUGGAUCACGGGCGGUGCCGACGGCUACAUCCGCAAAUAUGACGGUCCGGGCACCAUCAAUGGCAAGCUGGCAUUGACCGUCGCACAGAGACACCCGUUCGUCGACUCCGUCACUAAAGCAGGCAUCCUCAUGUCGUACUGGCCCAACGAGGAGCCAGCCGUGCCGGGCCGCAGCGAGCAGGAACAUGUCUUGUCCUCUGUCUACUCGCUGGCCGUCCAUUCUGAGGCUCUCUGGCUUCUGUCUGGUCUCGAGUCUGGCGCAAUCAACCUGCAGAGCGUACGCCAUGAUGAGGGAAAGAGGAUCGCCUGUCUCCAGAAGCACACCAAUGCUGUCAGCGUGCUUACGCUGGCGCCUGACGAGAGAAGCGUGCUAAGCGGUGCGUGGGACAAGAACAUUUUCGACUGGGAUCUCGAUACAGGGCAUAUCAAACGAAGCUUUGACGGCAGUGGUGGCCAGAUCUCGUCCAUUGAGCUGCGACCGGCAAGCGGCGCUCCCAUUCCAGCCGACGCCGAUGAGCCUCUGCCUUCAAGUACCAUAUCCACCAAUAACGGGGCUCCCAUGGCUGGCUCGAGUUUCACGGGGAAUGUGAAUGGCAUCAGCCCCAACGGGCACGACAGGUCGAUUACCGUUGCAAUGAGGGAAGAGAAUGAUGCUACCGUCGCGGCUUCUCCCGCCCACGAGAGUCUCUUUGGCGGUAGUGAUGCCGGGAGCCUGUUCGGUGAGACCGCGGGAGAGCAGCCUUUUGGGCAGGACGACGACGAGUUUGGCGGUGGCAUGAACAUGGAAGCUGGUAACGAAACGGGACUGGACCACUCAGCCAACACCGCAAUGGGCAGCAUGAGUGACGCAGAGACGGGCAAGGAGCUCAAGCAGUCAGGUCUAGAAGACGAUGUCAUGGACGUGGAUCCCCCAAAUCCAGAUCCAGCUCCAGCUCCAGCUCCAGCAUCGGCUGAAAUGGCAACGGAUACUGAUACAGUCAAGGCGGACGAGUCCAGCCAGACACAACAACAAGACCAAUCGCUUGAGAGCCAGAGCGCAGCUGACACAUCUGAGCGGCUCGGCGUCAAGAGACCGCAUUCUCCAAUGAUCAUCAGCUCACAGCCACCUCCAACGCAACAUGAUGCUACGCAGGUGUCACAGACAACCUUCUUGUCAUCAGCCAUUGACGGCACGAUUCGCGUCUGGGAUAGACGAGUGCCCAGUGCGGUAGCCAGGAUUCCCAAUCGCGUUGGUGUGCCGCCUUGGUGCAUGAGCGCUUGCUGGAGCCCAGACGGCAACAAGAUUUAUGCAGGCAGACGUAACGGAACGGUAGAGGAGUUUGACAUUGCCAAAGCGAGGAGGGGAUGGCAGCCCGAGAGGGUGCUUCGAUUCCCAGCAGGGAGCGGAGCUGUGAGUGCCAUCAAGCCCAUGGUCAACGGGCGACAUUUAGUCUGUGCGUCACACGACAUUCUCAGGCUGUAUGACUUGCGCGAGUCUCGCGCUUUCAAGCACUCAACCGUCCCGUUCCUCAUCAUCCCCGGACCCCCUAGAGCGGGUGUCAUUUCGAGUCUGUACGUCGAUCCGACGAGCAGAUUCAUGCUGAGCGCAGCGGGCAAUCGUGGAUGGGACGGCACAAACACCGAGGUGUUGAUCGGAUAUGAAAUUCAUGUUACG